AUGGCAUAUCUCGACGACUGGUAUUCAACGCUUGCAAAAAACUUGAAAGCAGGUAGCACAAAGCGGUUCUUCUGGAAGGGAUAUGAAGGGGCCCCUGGGGAAAUGGAAAAGGCGACCUCGUUGUUCAAGGAUGUGUUGGACACGAUCACAGGAAGGAAUGAGAAAAAGAUCAAACCGCUCGCUCUUCGCUGGAUUUCUGAGCGUGUUGUCGAGCCUUCUGUGUUCUCUGCUUGCCUCACGCCCGGCAGCACGAGCAUGCCGAUCAUCCGGCAGGCGGAAUUCGACAGCCCAGCGGCGCAGUAUCUGCCGAAAGAGAGUCAAACUGGCCAACUCAUGUAUGUGUGGAAAACUGGAGGGGUGGUGCCGCCCCGAAAAAUUUGCAUCAUGUUGCCAACGACGGGGGACGCCUUCUACUGGUUUCGAAAACAGAUUGCCCUUGACCUACUCUCGCACGAAAUUGCAACCGUCAUCCCCAUGUUUCCUUAUUACGGAAAACGCAAACCCAAGGACCAGUUCCACCACAUAAUUCCCUCCGUGUCCGACUUCUUUGUGCAAAUUUGCUCUGGGGUGCUCGAGGCGGCUGCGAUUGGCUCCUGGGCUGCGGCAGAAUUCCCGGAAGUGGAAACAGUUUUCACCGGGGUGAGCAUGGGUGGGAGCGUCGCUAAUGUCGCAGCGAUUCUGGCAGCUUCGAACAGCGGUUCGAAAGUGGGAACUUGUUGCGUCGUCGCCACCUGUUCAGCCACGAGUUUUCUCACUGGCGUCUUGCACAACCGAAUCGCCUGGAAGGAACUCAGUGAAGCCCCGCGCGGGGUUGCCGACGAGCUGAAGAAUCUCGUGGCUGUGGAGAAUGUGUCGGAGCAAGUGAAAAUGAUGACCAAGGAAAACGGAGAAGAGCUCCUUCCCACGGAACAGAAUUUGGCAGAUACAAUCGAGGUUUUGAAUCUCGUGAGAAUAGUUCGUCUGAUGGAGGAAACAAAGAGAGAUUUGGGCGGGCAGCUUCCAAUGCUGGAUGCUGUGGGAGGGAAAGUGAAGAACUCGGAGGUGUUCUAA